ACCAGAAUAGUUCUGAAAUGUCAUCCUCCUUUACGUUCUCAGCCUCAACUCUCCCAUUCCAAUCCUGCAACUCCUCAACAUUUGCAACUCCUCAAAAACAUGUAAUCCCAAGAAAUCCAAAGUCGGGUUCCCGCAAAGGAAACACAUUGCCAGCAUCGAAAUCUUCUGACCAAGAUUCCUCUGAUGAUGCAAAUAGUGGCCUUGGCAGCAGCAACGGCCCAUCUACCAGUUUCUUGUCUUUUCUUUGCCCCUUACUUAAACUAUUUUCUGGAGGAGACCCCUCAAGCAAAAGAAACUAUUUAUUAGAGGAAACAACAUCUUCGCUUUCUACCUUGGCAAGACUUCCAUGGGGUUCACGAGCACAAUAUGGCAGAUUGGGUAGUAAAGAUGGUACUGAAGUUAAUCCUCCAAUGCACCUGCAGAUCUUUGAAUUUGAGGCAUGCCCAUUUUGCAGAAGGGUUAGGGAGGCAAUGACCGAACUUGAUCUAUCUGCAGAAAUUUAUCCAUGUCCAAAGGGUUCGGUAAGACACCGAGAAAUGGUUAGAAGACUGGGAGGCAAAGAACAGUUCCCAUUCCUUGUUGACCCAAAUACUGGAACUUCGCUCUUUGAAAGUGGUGAUAUUGUUAAAUAUUUGUUUCAUCAAUAUGGUCAAGGAGGGAAUCCAUCUGCUGGCCUCCUGGAAAGUACCAUCUUAACAGGAUGGAUGCCGACUCUUCUUCGAGCAGGAAGGGGAAUGACAUUUUGGGAAAGAUCCAGGAAAGAGCCACCACCUAAAAAACUGGAACUCUUCUCAUAUGAGAAUAAUCCUUAUGCUCGAAUAGUCCGCGAAGCACUUUGUGAACUGGAGCUUCCUUAUAUACUGAAUAACAUAGGUGAGGGAUCAAUGCGUGAACAGUUACUCAUCAAAAUAUCUGGUGGAAAGGAGGUGCCUUACCUUGUUGAUCCAAAUACAGGCACACAGAUCGGUGACUACAAGAAGAUAAUAUCAUACUUGUUUCAGACCUAUUCCUUGGAUGCUCUAUAGUUGCAUGGUUCUUAUAACUGAUAGGCUCUCUGGCUUUCCUUAUGUAUUGUAUUCUAUAUAAAUUAUUGAUGAUUAAUUAUUCCAAUAAUUAUAACUUUUCUUUGAGCACGCUAGAUAACUCCUUUUUCCCCUUGAAGUGAGUA